UGGCCGGCAGGGCAGGUUUGUCCUCACCUGCAAUAGGCCUGUGUUGAUACAACAGAGCCAGCUCCUGGCUCCUGGCAGCGCCCGGGGUCGAGAAGGAGCUGGGAGCGGCUUGUUGCCCCAGGGAGGCCACCUGUGAAAUCCACCAGCCCGGCCGGUCCCACCAGGGUCCCGGGCCACUAGCAAGCCACCUCCGAGGGACAGGCCUCCUGCCCGGUGGAUUGCACAGAGGCGGCCUCUGGGGAGCCGCGGCCCCUCUGCUAGCUCCUGACCUGGGCCCAGGAGCUUGCACGAAGCUGGGACCAAGGCUGGGUCAAGAUGGCAUCUGUGUUUCGAAGUGAAGAGAUGUGUUUGACACAACUCUUUCUCCAGGCGGAGGCUGCAUAUUGCUGCGUAGCUGAGCUUGGAGAGCUGGGAUUGGUUCAGUUCAAAGAUCUAAAUACGAAUGUGAACAACUUCCAAAGGAAAUUUGUGAAUGAAGUCAGAAGGUGUGAAUCACUGGAGAGAAUCCUCCGUUUUCUGGAAGAUGAGAUGCAAAAUGAGAUUGCGAUUCAAUUGCCUGAGAAGUAUCCACUGACCCCUCUCCCACGAGAAAUGAUCACCCUGGAGACUGUUUUGGAAAAACUGGAAGGGGAGUUACAGGAAGCCAACCAGAACCAGCAGGCUUUGAAGAAAAGCUUCCUAGAACUGACUGAACUCAAACAUCUCCUGAAGAAAACCCAGGACUUCUUUGAGACUGAAACCAAUUUAUCUGAUGAUUUCUUUAUUGAAGACACUUCUGGUCUCCUGGAGUUAAGAACUUCACCUGCAGCCGUGACUGGAAAGCUGGGGUUCACUGCUGGUGUGAUAAACAGGGAAAGAAUGGCUUCCUUUGAGAGGUUACUCUGGCGAGUUUGCCGAGGAAAUAUCUACUUGAAGUUCAGUGAGAUUGACGCAGCCCUGGAGGAUCCUGUCACAAGAGAAGAAAUUAAAAAGAAUAUAUUCAUCAUAUUUUAUCAAGGAGAGCAGCUCAGGCAGAAAGUCAAGAAGAUCUGUGAUGGUUUUCGAGCCACCAUAUACCCCUGCCCAGAGCCUGUGGUGGAGCGCAGAGAGAUGUUGGCUGGCGUCAACGUGAGGCUGGAAGAUUUAAUCACUGUCAUAACGCAAACGGAGUCUCACCGCCAGCGCCUGCUGCAGGAAGCGGCUGCCAACUGGCACUCGUGGGCUGUCAAAGUGCAGAAGAUGAAGGCCAUUUACCACAUCCUGAACAUGUGCAACAUUGAUGUCACCCAGCAGUGCGUCAUCGCCGAGAUCUGGUUCCCAGUGGCAGACACAGGACGCAUCAGGAGGGCGUUAGAGCAAGGCAUGGAACGAAGUGGCUCUUCCAUGGUCCCCAUCAUGAACAAAGUACAGUCUAAAACGGCUCCUCCUACAUUUAACAGAACCAAUAAAUUCACAGCUGGCUUCCAGAAUAUUGUAGAUGCUUAUGGUGUAGGCAGUUAUCGGGAGAUAAACCCAGCUCCCUACACCAUUAUCACUUUCCCCUUCCUGUUUGCUGUGAUGUUUGGAGACUGUGGUCAUGGAGCGGUGAUGCUACUGGCUGCCCUUUGGAUGGUCCUUAAUGAGAGACACUUGCUCUCCCAGAAGUCGAACAAUGAGAUUUGGAACACCUUCUUCCACGGACGCUAUCUGAUCCUACUCAUGGGCAUCUUCUCCAUCUACACGGGCUUGAUUUAUAACGACUGCUUCUCCAAGUCUCUCAACAUCUUUGGCUCUUCUUGGAGUGUUCGACCCAUGUUCAGAAAUGGCACAUGGAAUUCACAUGUAAUGGAAACAAGUCCAUAUUUACAGCUGGACCCAGCAAUUCCAGGAGUGUACUCUGGAAAUCCAUAUCCAUUUGGGAUUGAUCCGAUUUGGAACUUGGCGUCCAACAAGCUUACGUUUUUGAACUCCUAUAAAAUGAAGAUGUCGGUUAUCCUGGGAAUUGUCCAGAUGGUGUUCGGGGUUAUUCUUAGCCUUUUCAAUCACGUAUACUUCAGAAAGACUCUCAAUAUCACUCUGCAAUUUAUCCCUGAGAUGAUUUUUAUCCUGUGUCUCUUUGGAUACCUGGUUAUCAUGAUUCUUUUUAAAUGGUGCCAGUUUGAUGUCCACACGUCCCAGCAUGCUCCCAGCAUCCUCAUCCACUUCAUCAACAUGUUUCUGUUUAACUAUAAUGACCCUUCUAAUGGGCCCCUGUACAAACAUCAGCAAGAAGUCCAAAGUUUCCUUGUUAUUAUGGCUUUGAUUUCUGUGCCAUGGAUGCUUCUGAUUAAGCCAUUUAUUCUAAGAGCCAAUCACCGGAAAUCCCAGCUACAGUCAUCCAUGGUCCAGAAAGACUCCACAGAGGACAUUGAAGUUGGCAACUUAAACCGUUCUGUUGGUUCUGGCAAGAGUGCUCCUGCAGGUGCCCACGGGGCCCAGGACGACCAUGAAGAAGAGUUCAACUUCGGAGACAUCUUUGUCCAUCAAGCCAUCCACACCAUUGAAUACUGCCUGGGCUGCAUUUCAAACACAGCCUCCUACCUCCGGCUCUGGGCCCUCAGUCUGGCUCAUGAACAACUGUCUGAAGUGCUGUGGACCAUGGUGAUGAACAUUGGCCUUCGCCAGCGAAGCUGGGGAGGACUCAUUGUGGCCUUUAUCAUUUUUGCCAUAUUUGCUGCUCUGACAGUAGCCAUCCUUCUUAUCAUGGAGGGCCUCUCUGCUUUCCUGCACGCCCUGCGACUGCACUGGGUGGAGUUCCAGAACAAGUUCUACGCUGGGACGGGUUAUAAGUUUUGUCCCUUCUCCUUUAAGCGCAUCCUGGACGGGACAGCUGAGUAGUAGGCCCCGGGUCCGCGUGGCAGCCCCCACCGCCCCGUGGCAACCUCGGCUCAGUGGAAGUUCAGCCUCGUCUCUAAUGUCAGCCUCUGCAAGGUGUUCAGUGGAUGAUUGUUCCUGGCUAAACUGAGGCACAAAGCCAUGUAUUAUUUGGUCGUAAUCCUUGGGAUUUGAUAUGACUUAACUAUGUCAUAGAGGAAAUAGUUGGCAAGUCAUUUGACCUCAUGUAGGAUCUUAAUUAUCAAAUAAUAAAAUGAUUGAGAAAUGGGGAGGAGAUGCUAAA